CCAAUCUCCGUUGCCUUCUUCUUUCCUCCUUUUUCCACCGCAUGUCCCCCCCCCAAGUCCUGAGCUGUUUCCAUUUUCCAUUUCCUCCAUUUUCUCUCCAUUCACUCACUCCUGCCCAUCCACCCAAAAUCAUCCAUAGAAGGGGGCUGAACACAUCACAGAGGUCUUUCGCUACUGCCUCUUUUCAUUCGAUCUCUUCCCACACUCUUUAAACAACAUAAUUACACGAUAAACUCGGCCGACAGCUGGAGGAUAAUUCCCGACAUACUUUACGCUGUACUAUCUUCACCCAUUUUCUGCGCCGAAUAGAACACCGCCUUUAAUCAACACUUUGACACACAGCAAAAAUGGUUACCUCUAAAGCCGCCAUUGUCGCGGGCCUCACCCUUGCGGGCCAGGCUUCCGCUGCUCUCCAGCCCAUUGUCAUGAAGGGCAGCAAGUUCUUCUACGAGAACGGCACCCAGUUCUACAUCAAGGGUAUUGCCUACCAGCAGGAUGCUGCUGGCGCUGGUGGUGAGACAACCACUGGUACCUUCAAGGAUCCUCUCGCCGACGCGGCCGCCUGCAAGCGUGAUGUUCCCAUCAUGGCCGCCGCUGGCACCAACGCCAUCCGUACCUACGCCAUUGACCCUACUGCCGACCACAGCGCCUGCAUGAAGCUCCUCGACGAGGCCGGUAUCUACGUCAUCAGCGAUUUGUCCGAGCCCUCCACCUCCAUCAACCGCGACGACCCCAGGUGGGACGUCACUCUCUACAAGCGCUACACCGCCGUUAUCGACGAGAUGAGCAAGUACAGCAACGUCAUCGGUUUCUUCGCCGGUAACGAGGUUUCCAACAACGCCACCAACACCGACGCUUCUGCGUACGUCAAGGCUGCUGUCCGUGACUCCAAGAACUACAUCAAGAGCAACGUCAAGCGUUGGAUGGGUGUUGGCUAUGCCGCCAACGACGACGCUAAGAUCCGUUCCGAGAUGGCGCACUUCUUCAACUGCGGCAACCAGAGCGAGGCCAUCGACUUCUGGGGCUACAACAUCUACGAGUGGUGCGGUCACAACACCAUCCAGGGCUCCGGCUACCAGGACCAGAUCGACUUCUUCAAGAACUACUCCGUCCCCGUCUUCUUCGCCGAGUACGGUUGCAACAUCCCCAACGGUGCUGACGGCCGUAUCUUCGAGGAGACCACCGCCCUUUACUCUGAUGCUAUGACUGACGUCUUCUCUGGCGGUAUCGUCUACAUGUACUUCGAGGAGGACAACGACUAUGGUCUCGUCAAGGUUUCCGGCAACAGCGCUAAGACCAUGAAGAACUACGACAAGCUCAAGGCCAACGUCCUCGCCGCCAAGCCCAAGGCCGUCGAACUCGAUUCCUACAAGCCCGCCAACGAGCCCGCCGAGUGCCCCGAUGUCACCUCCAACUGGCAGGUCACUGGCAACGCUCUCCCCCCUACUCCCAACGAGAGCCUCUGUGAGUGCAUGUACAACUCCCUUACCUGCGUUCCCAACAAGGACGUUAAGCCCACUGCCUACGGUGAGCUCUUCGGCGUCGUCUGCGGCAACGACCCCGCUGCUUGCGCUGGUAUCCAGGGCAACGUCUCCACUGGUGUCUACGGCUCCUAUGCCAUGUGCAACUCCCUCCAGCAGCUCGGCUACGUCAUGGACCAGUACUACAAGAACCAGAAGUACGCUUCCACCGCCUGCGACUUCAACGGUCAGGCCUCCGCCAACGGUGCCGCCAAGGCCGACCCUACCUGCUCCGCCGCUCUCAAGAGCGCUGAGGCUGCUAACAAGGUCGCUGCUACCGCCACUGCUGGCACCGGCAACGGUGGUGUCGGUGGUAGCAGCGGUGGUGCUGCUGCCACUAGCUCCUCGUUCGCUGCCCCUGUCGCCAUGAAGAGCUUCUUCACCGUUGCUGACAUGGCCGUUGGCAUGUACGUUGUCAUCGCCAUGGGCGUUGGUGCCGGCAUGGUCAUGCUCUAAGCAAGUCAAGUGAGCGAAGGGAGAGUCCGUUGGUUGUUGUAUACCCAGGAGAUUAGGAGGAAAGCAUGUAUAUGGGGGUUGGUGUGGUCCUUUUUAGAUGUCGGUUAGGUUUUUGUGUGUAAUAAAUUGAUGUCUUAUGGUACCCGCUCCUGAGCACAAGAAAGAAGCCAUUUGCAUAUGUUGGGAAGUCUAAUGAGUCUGAUUGUCUCUUUCACCGGCGCACCUUUUUUCCUUUUUUUUUUUUUUUUUUUCUUCUUUUG